ACCAACGACGUGCCGGAAAAGCCGGUAAAAGCUCCUUCAUCCGCCUCCCGACAAACGACCAAUCCAGAUACGCUUCAUCAUGCCGGACGACCUCCAAGCAAUCCUAGCCCGCCAUAACUUCAAAGGCAUAAAUGUCGCCAAUUUCUCGCCACCGCGUGCCCACGUCCCUGCUCCCUCACGUCAACCAUAUCAAUAUCCUGCUCCUUUGUCCCAGGCUCAGUAUCCAUGGUCAGUAGGGGGCUCGGUUGGUGCGGGAGGCGGAUGAAGUUGAUCCUAGUAGCUAACAGCUGACUCGUUAUUGUUGCAUGCAGAAUGGGCCCGAGCGUGUCAACUGGAAAGAGGACCUCUUCGAGACUCUCGACAGACAUACCCGAAGCGGUGUUGUGAUUGCUUCGUCCUCUUCGGGUUUACCAUCCUCAGCAUUCAUUGGAAGGUGCCAGAAAGACCCUAGUCGCAUACUCAUCGGACAUCCAUUCAAUCCUCCGCAUUUGAUACCUCUGGUUGAAGUUGUGCCUCAUUCAGGUACAACUCAAAAUUGCAUCCAAGGGGCUCUUGAGUUUUACAGAUCUCUAGGCAAGAAGCCUAUACUCUUGCAUAAAGAGAUCCCAGGCUUUGUAUCCAAUCGUCUGCAGGCCGCCAUCAACAAUGAAGCUUACAGUCUGAUCAGCCGCGGCAUUGUAUCGGCUGAAGAUCUCGAUGCUGCUGUGACCUCAGGUCCCGGACUCAGAUGGGCUCUGACCGGGCCGAUUGCGACCAAUGCUCUCGGAGGAGGUGGGGGUAUUGAAGGGUUCGACAAUCGAUUAGAUCGCCUCGGACCAGCAAUAAGGAGUUGGGAAGAAGACAUACUGAAGCACCGCUUUGACUGGAGUCCGGAUUGUCUUGAUGAACUAAAACGUCAAGCCAGGACAUCACUGCAGUCAGUGAACUGGUCGGACAUGGUAGCAGAAAGGGAUGAUGUUCUGCUGAAACUGCUGAAGACUAAGGCAAGCGUCCCGACGAUGAGCUGGGAAUAUUCAAUCAAGAAAUGUCUAACAGUCUGCCUCGGCUGGAAACCUUGUUAUGUCUGUGUCCUUGAUUGUGUCGACUUAUCUUAUAUAGAUGGACGAUGGCACUAGAAGUGAUCCGACUCCAGAAAGACGCUCAAGCAGUAAUUAUCCUGCCUCGACUUGGUCACUAUGGGUUUGCGAAUCAAUCAGUUCUUCGAGAGCCAAUAGUCGAUCCAGUCGACAAAGUUCCUGAAGCAUUGCUCUUUUGCCCAUCUCUCGUAUGGGUCAG